AUGUCGUGUAGACAUGCAAGCUUAGAUUGUCAACAUGAAUCUGAAAAUCUACGUUACAACCUAACAAAAGCGAAUAGUUUUAUAGCUGAAUUAGAAACAAAACUUAAUGAUUUACAAAUGAAAUAUGAUACUGACUGUUGUAAAUAUGAAGAGAAGAUACAAAUCUUAACAGAACGGCACGAAAGAUUAAUCUCAAGUCAUCAACGAUUAAGUAAACUUAAUCACGAAUUAGAAGAGAGAUUAUUAGAUACUAUUGAGAAGUCCAGUACUGAAAUUCAUCAAUUAACUGAAGAAUUGGAAUCAACUAAAAACUCUUUAAGAACAGCACAACAGACAUUAAAUUCUAUCGUGGAGGAAAGGGAUCGUUGUAGAGAAGAUUGUAUUUCUGCUGUCAAAUUGCUUCAGGCAAAUCCAAAUCAAUUCAUAUCCGAAUUGCCACCAGUUGAAUCCGCAUCAUCCGAUAAAACUCAUGUAUUAACAAACCUUAGCAACGGAGAUUGCUCACAUGGUGCAAAUAACUCACCAUUUUCCAGUUCAGCUUCUAUCUUUUCAACAUUUUUACCAACUUUCCCACCUGUUGGACUUUUUACUGGCAUACAAAUGGAGAAUAAUUUGCAAGUAUUACAAAAAAAUUCUUCAAAUAAUACUUAUGAUCGUAACAUUAAUUUGUUGAAUAAAACGACAGUAGUAACAUCUGCUGUGAACUAUACAUCCUCAUGUAAAUCUAGCGGCAUAAUUGAUUUAUAG